UAACUACUUUACUUUAGGAUGGUCCGCGAUGCAGUGAUCUUGGUUGUUAUGGACGCCAUGAUGUCUAUAGGCAUCUACUACGAAACGAGAAAAACAAAAACAAAACAAAACACAAAACACAUAGCCCUAAACCUAACCUAAACCAUAAACUCAUCACAAACCCUAACCCAAACUAUAAUCCUAAUUUCAGCUUCUUUUUCAAGUUUAUUAAAAAGUGUCGGCAUCGUUGGCCAUCCUAAAAUAAAACUGUACUUAUAGAGUUUAACACGUGCGAGUUCAGGCACUCGCAAUCAAGUAUAGAAAAAGAAUGAUGAUAACUAUUAUUUAUUGUAACAUAAAAACAUUAUAUUGAAGUUUGCUUAGUGCAUACAGCCGAGUAAAUAACAGUAUAAAUGAUAAAAAUAUUAAACUGUGGUGGUGUUUUAUUAGCUAAUAUAUAUAUUCUUUUAUUUAAAGUAGAAUAACUUCAUACUGCUUCUUUAACUUGCACACUACAAAUUGCUACUGACUUUAUUUGUCUCGAAAGCAUUUUAACAUGUGUGUAUGUAUAUAUGUGCCAAAAGAUUUAUAUUAUGCAUGCACACACACACACACUAAAGAUAUAUAUAUAUCCUUCACCCCUCACUCAUCCUUUAAUUAUAUGCAAAUUUCUCUCUCCCUUCUUUUCUCUUCUGUCUCUCUCUCACCCACACACAUAUCCAUGUAUGCAUGCACAUAGAAACAAUCAAGGCGGAAGACAUAACAUGUUUUGCAACAGAAAUAAAAUGAGUGUGAUGGUUCAAGACACCAUAAGCUCACUUAAUUAGCAUUGUGGGCUUGAUUCAAAAUGCAUUUGGAAAAUUAUUUACCUCUGUUAAGGAAAAAGAUCUGUAGUAACACAAGACAAAAAAAAAAUACCAUAAAAACCAUUUUAAGAGGGUAAAGUUCCUGUUCAUUUAACAGUGCACUUAUUCUGAAAAGAAAAUGCAUCUGCAUUGAUCCUUGCAGGAAACAGGAAAGUUAACUAAUGUGAGAGAUAAAAUAAAUGGUUUUAUACCCUAAAUGCUGAAUACUCAAUCUAAAGAAACAGACCUCACAUGACCAAGCACUGUACAUAAAUGACAAUUCAAUGCAAGAACCAGUUUCUAAGCUCUAUACAAGGGUUUUAGUCAGCUAGCUGCAAAAUAAUAAUACACCUUUGAUAAGUAAAAUAACACUGGCAGAUUUUAGGUGCACAGAAACCACAGAUGGCAAAUCUUUGGAGUUGUCAGUAAGAGCAGUGAGCAUUAAUUUUUAUUUAGUUUAUUUCCCAGUCAAUUUUAAACUCAAGUGUGUGAAAAUUUGACAUCUUUAUGAAGUUUUAUAUUGGAUAUGUACUAUCACUUUGUAUUCUCUUUAAGUCUGAGUAUCCAAUAUAUUACACUACUCAAAUAACUGUUUAGAUUGCAGUCACAGUAAGAGAGAGAACUAUAAUAUGUAAAGCACCUGUCAAUUCAGGGCUGGCAACAACAUUUGUCGAGAGAUGAAUUCAGUAAUAGCUAAUAGAUUUUGAUAUAUUGAAUGGAAACAGAGUUGUCUCCUCAAUGUUCAAAGGUAGAAAUCUUUUUUUCAUACAACAGCAUUAAUUAUUCAGUAAUUAAAGAUGCAGUAUAAUAGAUUGUGAUAAAUGUUAAUUUUAUAAGCCAUUUCCAGAAGCAAGGGGAAAAUAGAAUGGCAAUGAGACUGUCAGUGAUUAAGUAUUUCUUUACCAUCUACAGAUGAAAACAGGAUCUUACGGUUGGGUUUUUUUUCCAUGGUGUAAUAUAAUUGAAAUAUAUUUGUGAGAAAAGAAGUCAUAAUUUUUUUUUAAUAGAAAUCAUACUUUCCUCUUCUGUAACUCACUUCUUGAAAAUGGGCAGGAGCCAUGCAAUGGGAAAAAAAAAUUUCUUUUGCCUGGCAACUCUUGAAGAUCUUGGCAGCACCCACUUAACUUUUGAUAAAUGUCCAUCAAGAAAGAGAGGCCUGGACCAGUUGACCCAAGGGUGCCAUUCAGAAGCUUAGAGUCAAUUAUUGUCACUUAUCACAUUGCUUGUCUCAGGAUCAAAUAGUCUCAUUUCGGUCAAGGCAAUGGGAGAUUGGGCUGGAGAGGUGAAAGGGAAUGGUUAUCCUAGAGAGUGUGGCAUGUUCCAAAUGCUCAAGCCCAGGUGCAUAACAGCCACAAACUGGAGCAGCAUAGUGUCUGAGAAACUUUCUCUUAGCAUUCUUUUCUUGAAAAUUUAUUUAUGCCCUUGUGGAAUGUGUUAGUGUGUAACACACUAUAUGCAUCCCUUUCUUUCAGAGGUGGUGUGAAUCACAUUUGUUGCUCAUCAUUUCUUUUAUCUUUAUUUACACUCUUUUUGUGAGUGAUAUUUUGUUAUUGGUGUGACAUACAAAGUAUUUAGACAUGGAAAACUGGCAUCUUGAUAAAGUGGAUGUUAAACUUCAGCCUGGAAUACCGGAUUCCAUCAAAAUGUCUCAGCUUCAAAAUCUACUCCAUGAUGCCCUAAUAGCCACAGAGAAUGUCCAGCAGUGUGCUAUUAUCCGGCGCAAGGACAACAUGGUUCGAGCUUCAUCGGUCGGUUUCAAUCCAUAUCAAGAUCAGAUACAGAUGCUUCAGGAUGCUUUCAAAAAUCCACCACAGACACGAGAGGAAGGCCUGUACUUUGAUGAUAAACAGUACAAAUGUGUUCGCGCUGACAAAAAUUCUAUUUAUGCAAAGUGUGGCAAAAAAGGACUGAUUCUGGUGAAAACUUUGUCUCUUCUUCUGGUGGCAACAUAUACAGAAAACAUGUUCCCAGGUGUAUGUGUAGAAGCUGUGGAGAAGCUGGCUGACUACUUCAAAGAGAAAGGAAAGUGACGAAAUGGAAUUCAUUUAAACAAUGAAACUUAACCAUCUCAUGGAUGAGUGACCAGACCAGUGGUAGGUUAGCACUACAAUUAACUUUCACACUGAAAAGGUUUCACACCCUGAACCUUUUCACUUUUUAGAACCGUCUACUUCAGAAUAAAUACAUUCUUAUAACACUAUAUUCUGGUGCAUAUCCACUGCUGUUUUUCAGGAAGAAACUUAUUAAGGUCUUUAAUUAUUAUUUUUUCCUGUUUGGGUACAACUUUGUUUACUCAUAACCCAGAAAUUAAUUGAAUCGUGCUAAUGACCACAGGCACACAUAGCUAUUAAGUUUGAGUAUGUGCUAGUGGCAGGAGUAAAAAAAGUGUAUGCAUAGUGCACACACAUGAAUGCGUGAGAUGCAGGUGCAUGAAUUGUGUACAGAAAUGAAUCUUAUAUGUAAAAGUCUAUAGUACAUUGAGUGAAGAAAGGGAAUGAAUUCAGUCUACAAAAGUCUAUUAAAUCAAUGCGUUGUUGCCCCAACAAGAAGCCACAUUAUCAUUAGUGAACAUUUUGUUGCUGUUCUCUGCUGGGACGAAAAAUAUUUGUUCUUGUUGGCACCAUCUUGGACCACUUUUUCCUUGUCACGUCAUGGCUGCUGUCUAGUGUUAACUCCACCAUGUCAUACCACAUGGAGUAUUUAUGGUCAAGUCUACUACUGAUAAAAUGUGUGUAUAAGAAGCUCUGAAGUUUCUGAACCUAGCAUAUGCUCAUUCCAGAACAAAGACUGCUGAUACCAGUUCUGUGCAUUUCAUCUCUUCUACUGUUUUGGGGUUUACGUGGUGUUUGGUGACUGUUAGUUGCUUUUUGCUGCAUUUGCCUGCCAGUUCUCUGAACCUGAGCCCCCUUUUUUCGUCUUCAUCGUCUGUCUCAAAUGUCUUAACUAUGCCAUCUUGACCCCUGAAUUUUCCUUUGCUGAUUUUGAAUCACCACUACCCUGCAGGUUUUCAUCACUUUCUGCUGUAGGUAUGGUCCAUUUUCUUUGGGUCUUCGCCACCUCACCCACCCACUAGUUUACAUUCUGGAUCUACACGAGUCAAGAAGUGCAGAGUUGAUUUUCUGAUCUCUUACCUACAGUCCUGCCUCCUACAUCUAUUUUCUUCACUGCCACUGUGUUGAUGCAACCUCCGUGAUAGUUAUAUGUGCGCCAUCAAUGAACAACUUCAUGUUAGUUGUGCUAAUAUUCCUACUGAUACUACAGCCACAAAUCACAGCUGCAAGUUGUGAUGGCAUUCACCUUAAAAACACAAUAAACUCUUUGUUUUCAGACUAUUAUUAUGUCUGUGUGUUUUCUUCUCUGUAAUACAGGUUGCUCGAGUGCUCAGACUUUUCCAGCAGUCAGCAUAUAUAUCCUACAAAAUUUUACUCUUACUACAUUCUUAUUUCUUAUUAUAUGAUUUACCGCUUAUUUUAAAUCAUCUUUGAUAAUAUUAUCUGCAUGCCAUUCAUCACUAAAUGAUGAACAUUUGAAGCAGGUCUUUUAGUAAUGGCUUUUAAUGAUUACAUGGAUCUGUUGAUACAGUGAGAAAGGCUGUACUCUUCCAGACCUGCAAAUGUGGCAUGUAC